UGUGCUCUAGCUUUUGGCACAAGUCCUGCCACUUCAAACUUUAUGGAAAACAGUCAUUAAUGGAUACAAGCUCAGAAGAAGAGCUGUCAGAUGAGGAAUACAUACCACAUUCUGUGUCAGACAGUCAGUCAGACAGUUCAGAAGAACUCACAACAAGAACAGAAAGACAGGAUCAAGCUAAUCACCCCUCACAAUUACAGAAGGUUGUCCCCUCUAAAUCUAGUUCAGAUGAACCUCUCCUGGAUUUAUGUCAAGGCAAAGGAAAGCAAAUCUCAAAGUCCAGGGAAGCUGACUUACUUUGUCAUGAAGAGGAUGUUGAGCUAGAUAGUGACUCAGGUUCAGAUUUGCGCAGGGUAACUUAUGUGGUGAUUUCAUCUCCCUCAUCAGUCAGUGAAGAGGCCUGCAGUGCGAAGCUUAUGGAUCCAGCAGAUGGGAGUAAGGUGCAAGAGAAAGGGCAAAUAACCAGCAUGCUUGAAGCAGAUCAAUGUGUGCAGUCAUCACAAAUCUCCUGUUCAGCAAACGGUAAGAACUACUGUUACAUAUGUGGGAAACCCCAGUCCAAGUUAGCACGCCAUCUGAAAACUCAUGUGUCUGAAGUGGAAGUAGGACAGGCACUGUCUCUCCCAGUCCACUCAAAAGAACGCAAAGCGAUGCUACAAAAACUCAGAAACAAAGGCAAUUAUCAGCACAACACUGAUGUUUUACAGAGUGGAGAAGGGGCUCUUAAAAUAAAAAGGGCACCAAAAAAGAAAAGGAUGCAAAAGACUUUGUGCAUUGCAUGUACUGUAUGGGGAUGUUUGUACGGAGAGAUUUGUGGCGUCAUUUGCGAAGAUGUCCCUCAAAACCAAGGGAUGCUGGUGAAGAGCAAGGGAGGACCAGGGUUUUGGGUCUGGCAACUAUGGCAGAGUCUACAUUCAGUCAGCAGAUCUCUCAAGGAGUUUGGAAGCUUUUGGGUGUGAUGAAGCACGAUGACAUUUCUGUUGUUGUUAAAAAUGACUGGAGUAUUCUUCAGCUUGCACAGUCGUUCUUUAACAAACAUGGACAUGACCCAACAAAGUUUGAGUACAUCCGACAGAAACUACGUGAAAUUGGAAGAUUGUUGUUGACAUUGCGUAGAGAGUUCUCUAUUUACAGUCUUGAAGAAGCUGUGAAACCUGCUUAUUUCUAUCGACUUAUUCAAGCAGUCCAGAGGGUGUCUGGCUAUGAUGAAGAGAGUCACUGCUACCAAAGCCCAAGUCUUGCACUCAAACUAGGUCAUUCGUUGAAUAAGAUCUGUGAAAUCAUUCAUUGCAGGGCACUCAUGUCUGAAGACAAGGAAUUGAUUUCCUCAACAGAUACCUUCAAAAAGCUCUACUCCUCAAAGUGGUCCGAGUUGAUCUCCCACUCUGCACUUGUCACACUGAAUGAGGCCAAAUUUAACAAGCCAUCGACACUGCCUUUCACCAAAGAUGUACAGUGUCUUCAUCAGUUCCUUGAGAAGAGCGCACAUGCUGCCUUUGAGAAACUAAAAGAGACUGCGUCACCUCAGAGCUAUGCCGAACUAGUCAAAACAACUCUGGCAAGAAUUAUUGUUUUUAAUCGCCGGCGUGCCGGAGAGGUGUCAAAAAUGCUGCUUAAAAGCUUUCAAGAAAGGGAUAGUACUUCUCUUCAUGAUGAUGUUGCCCUGGGCCUUAGCAGGUUUGAACAGAAACUCUGCAGCCAUUUCAGUCGAGUUGAGAUCAGGGGGAAAAGAGGAAGAAAGGUGGCCGUUCUUCUUUCACCUGAUAUGGUGGAUGCAUUGACGCUGCUGGUCAGCAGGAGAAGUGAGUGUGGGGUGCAGGACACCAACGGUUUCUUGUUUGCUAGACCUCACUGCCAAAGUCAUUACAGAGGCCAGGACUCUCUGAGGGCCUACGCAAGUGAAUGUGGAGCUCAGAAUCCAGAGUUUCUGCGAUCAACACAGCUGCGCAAACAUGUCGCUACUCUCUCACAAAUCCUCAACUUGAAAAAUAAUGAAUUGGACCAGGUUGCCGAUUUCUUAGGGCAUGAUAUCCGUGUGCAUCGCGACUAUUACAGGCUGCCAGAAGCCACUACUCAGCUGGCUAAGAUAUCAAAAUUGCUGAUAGCUAUGGAGAAGGGCUGUCUUCCUGAUCUCCAGGGCAAAUCCCUCGACGACAUUGAGAUUGAAGAUGAGAUUAGUGUGAAUGAUUCUGAAGCCAGUGGUCCUGAUGAAAGUGAUGCUGAGGAUGAUGUUUCUGCUUCCUCCAGUCGUCUUGUAAAUGCUGCUGCCUCUAGUGAUGUUGAUGUUCAGAUGCACAUUGAAACAGCUGCUGAAGUUUGUCCAGAGAAUGAGACUGAGAUUGGGAACCCACGAAAAGGUCAAAAAGUGUGCUGGUCAACUGCUGAGGUUACGGCUGUGAUGAAACAUUUUAAAUCGCACAUAACCAAAGGAAAACUGGCCACACUGACUGAAUGCCAGCAGUGUAAGACUGCUGAGGAUCCUGUUUUGGCAAGGCGCACUGCACAAAACAUAAGAGAUUUCGUACGAAACCGAGGGAUUAGUAUGAAAAGAAAAUCUCAAAAUAAGUGACCCAUCCUUGUUUGAUGAGCAGUAUGCCAUUUAUUUGAAAUUGUACUCUCGUUAUUUUGUUAGCUUUCAUUUCCAGUUUCUAGAGUUGUUCUUAAAGGGAUAGUUCACCCAAAAAUAGAAAUUCUGUCAUCAUUUAAUCAUCCUCUUUUCACCCUGUAUGAAAAAUAUUUUGAAGAAUGUUGGUAGGCAAACAACGGCGGUACCCAUUGACUUGCAUUGGUUUUGUGUAAUUAGAAACUGCUAUUGUUUGGUUACCAACAUUCUUCAAAAUAUCUUCCUUUGUGUUCUACAGAAGAAAUUAAAUCAUACUGGAUUAAAAUGAUAACAGAAGUUACAUUUUUGGGUGAACUAUCCCUUUGAAGUUUCUUGAAACUAUGCCGAAUUUAAGUUUAGUGAGGGCAUCUUGUUUCAAUGCCUUGCCGUCAUCUCAGUAUGGCUUGUUUUUAAUGGGCUAUAUUGUUAAGAUUGUUUUAUAUGGCUUUUCUAUAUGUGAUGUUUUUUUUCUUUGUAAAUGGGCACAUCAUCUUAAAUCUCUUAGUUUAUAUUAAAAUAAACUAAUAAAUACUUGCAUUGGUGA